GAGUGUAAACAUAUAUUCUCAAUUUACGCAAGAUUACUACUAAUAGGCUACCUUUGACUUCCUGCAAAGCAAUAGAUCUACUUCAACCACUGGAAACUGCACACGCAGGAUCCGUCUAACGUUCGCGGGAGGAUGAGCACGUCAAGUUCCGUUUUUAUAAAUGCCUCGUGUGAAAACUGGCGCACUGAUGUUCUGGGAGAUAUUUUGUGGGUAUGCAACGUUUCUAAAUGAGUCACCUGCGUCUCAAUAUGACUGAAUCCAAGCUACAAAUAAUAAUAAUACAAACAAAAACAAUCCAGGGACACUCAGGCCGUGAUGCUAAAAAUUGGUCUCGCCUGUCUUGUAAUUCUAUAUCUAUGUUGUUGCUAGAAUUGUUUACUUGUAUCCAUAACAACAGAAGUUCAACAAUGAAUUAGAACUUCCGAUAUUGUGCUUCUUGGCUGGAGUUUGGGGGACUGACCAGCAGUAUGUCUAAGAACCGGGACACAGCUGUGGUGACAGUAGGCUUCGGCCAGGGUAGUAAGGUGGAUAGUGUGCCCAUGGGCAGCCGGAUGACCCACAUCCCAGAGGCCUUGACUGGGCAGCGGGGUCCAGGCAAACCCCAGUCUUCAGGCCCGAGGCAUGGGCGUCUGAUGCACCAGAGCACCCUGUCACUAGGGGACCCACAGGGAUCUGGGACCAGCUACACAACCACACACACUCAGAGUUACUGUGGGCGGGAGGCCGAUGGCCAACCUCUGGUCUUCUUUCCCCGAGAUCCCGCCUACCCCUCCCAGCACACCAGUCAGCUGAACCUGAGUCACACAUCCACCAGCCAAUCACAGACACACAGCAGAGACAUCCAUAACCCCAAAGACAUCAUCCCGUUCAAUGUUCUUCAUAGGCUGGGUCAGAGUAAUUGGUCUCGUAAUCGUGAGGGCGUGGCCAUGAGAGAGGUGACCAAUCCCAAGGAGCCCACCCCCUACUGGACGACCUAUCGCAGUGAGCACAGGAGUCCUAGCCCCUCUCCCUCACCACACGACCCCACUGGUAGACCCACACUGUGGCAUCAACAUGAUAUACUGACAGGUAAUACACACUUUGUUUUCUUUCUUACAUGUUCUCAUGUAAACCCACAGUAUCCUGUACGAACCACAGCUGUUUGUGUGCAUGCGUUUUGUGUGUGCGCAUUGUGUGUGUGUGUGUUUCAGGUGAGACCAGGACUCCAGCAGGUCCAGGUAACCCUAGGAGACAGUCUGGAGAGAGAGUCCUGUGGGCAACACGACGCUGGGAGACGGACUGCUGUUCCCUCCGACUCUACUAAACACACAAUUCAACUGUACGUGUACACACACACACACAACUCUGACCCAACUGAGUGAAGUUCAGUCCAAAACCAGUCCACUAACACUCCAUCUAGUCAGAACAACUCCCUGCAAUAACACUUCAGACUAAUAAACCUGCUCCCUGAAGAGCACUGAACUGGCAGAUCUGGGCUGAGUGGUACAGCACUGAACUGGCAGAUCUGGGCUGAGUGUUACAGCACUGAACUGGCAGAUCUGGGCUGAGUGUUACAGCACUGAACUGGCAGAUCUGGGCUGAGUGGUACAGCACUGAACUGGCAGAUCUGGGCUGAGUGGUACAGCACUGAACUGGCAGAUCUGGGCUGAGUGGUACAGCACUGAACUGGCAGAUCUGGGCUGAGUGGUACAGCACUGAACUGGCAGAUCUGGGCUGAGUGGUACAGCACUGAACUGGCAGAUCUGGGCUGAGUGGUACAGCACUGAACUAGAGGGGCUUUUCACUUAAUAAAAUAACUAAUUAAUGGGAACUGUGUGAGAGAAUGUGUGCAUAGGAGACUGAAAGGGUGUGUGUGUGCGCAAGUGAGUCCAGUGCCAGGAGUAGAACAGUACAUCUAUCUAACCACGUCUGUCUGACAGGACAUUUAAAAUGGAGGGUUGGCCCUGGGGGGAGGGGGACGGUCAGUACAGUUUCAACACCCCUCCCUCCCUAACAUCAACAACAUUCAACACCCCUCCCUCCCUCCCUAAC